UUCCAUUUAAUGUAUAUAUAUAUUUAUAAUAAUGAUUAAUUGACACACAAAGAUGAAUGUGAAGUUUUGAAAACCUUCAGAUUAUCUUUACUUACAAGGUUUGCAAGUACAAUCUUAAGGUUUUCCUUAGAAGCUUCUUCACUAAAACAUGGGAAAUGAAAUGGAAGAGAAUUUACCACCAGCUCUUGUGAUGAUUGUCAUAGCAUGUGUGUUAUACUUUUUUGGAAAUGCAACUUUGUUCUACUUCACGAUAGAGUAUUCUAAUAAGAUAGUAAACAGCGGAUUAUGGACACGCUGUGAAUCUGACGCUCUUGUUAAAGAAUGCUAUAACAUACAAAUAUAUGCAGAACAUGAUUGGUAUAUCAUGUGUCUUGUCAUGAGUGCUUUUGGAUUCAAUGCUCUCAUAGUAUCGAUAGCUUGCGUUGGAUUGAGAUUGUUUAAAUUCCCUGAAAACAAAGUUUUGCGAAUUAUUACUCCCUUAGUUGUUUUCUCUGCAGUGGUGUUUAUUCUCAUAGGAACUGUCUUAUUUGUGAAGAAUAAGGAUGAUAUCGUAACAGAACCAUAUGGAGAAUUAUCUUAUGGGUACUCAUUUGCAUUAUGCAUAUCAGGAAUGUGUCUUGCUGCUUUGGUCGAUAUCGUCCUAAUUAUAGAACUUAUAAAACCCAAAAAGAAUACUAGAAAUCGUGUUGAUGUAAAUUCAAAUACCAAUAUCAAGUUCUGAAACACGAAUACAAAUUGGUCUGUUUAGUAAAGUGGUUGAUCUACUGCUAUAUCAACAAUAUUGUAGUGAUUUUAUUGAGAACGCCCAAAAUUGUGUUGAUCUAACCUAUUGUGGGGGACAGAAUUGAUGAAAAUUGCGAAUAAUUCAUCUAUAAGAAAGAUUUUGUAUGUUAAUUGAAGUGUGUAUCUUUUUUAUGUCUAUUUGACUAUGUAUUAUAUACAUGUAGUAGUAAAUAUAUAUUUUAUUAUA